UCAUCAAUUCUUUAAAGCAGUAAAAUGAAAAAUGAUUAAUCAAUUUAUUAUUAUUAUGAAAACGAUCUGAAAGUGUUAUGUUAAAAGAGUAACGUAAAGUUAGGUAGUAUCGCUACAAUUAAAUAGUAUUCAUAGAUAUGUCAUGUUUAUCACAGUUUUAUCAUUUGAUUGUCGUAAAACCGAUUCAUUUAUUUACGUUUAUAUACUUACAUUAAAAAAAUUACUAUAAUGAUGCAUAUGUCAUUCUGGUUCGGCACCGAUCUCGGAACAUUUUUAUUCAAUGGAUUCAAUGUUACAACUGUUAGAGGAUUUUUCUGCACAUGUUUGGGUCUUAUUGCUAUAGCAAUUAUUUACGAAGCAAUGAAAACAUUACAAAUAAAAUUACAUCAAUUGACCAAAGCUGCACUAGCAGUAGAUGAUUCACAAGCUACUGAAAAUUCUUCGCUAUUAUCACAAAUUGUACCUACGUUUCCACGAUUCUCUUCAUCUUCUCAAAGGUGGGGAAUAAUUUUAUGGACUUUUGAAGUAUUACACUAUUCAGCUCAAACAACAAUCGGUUAUGUUGUUAUGUUAGUUGUAAUGACAUACAAUGUUUAUAUUUGUAUAGCAUUAAUUAUUGGUUCUGCCAUCGGAUAUUGGAUAUUUUCACCUAUACUACUUUAUUUUAAUUUGAAAGAAUUAAAACAAAAAAAUAAAAAUAUUUCCUGCAGUCCAGGAUGCUCAGAUUCAAUUUCAACAAUUGAGAGACGACCAUCUAGUUUAUCUGCUAUUGCUGAUCAAUCAGCAUCAGAAAUAGUGGCUGAACUCCACAGUGUAACCGAUAUGGGAGAAAAAUAAUGUGUGUAUCAAACAAAUUUGGAUUUUUAUAGAUAACACCCCAAGUUAAUAAUUAUAUAAAUUUUAUUGAACAAUAUAUAAAAGUAUUUGCUCAUGUUACCGUUGAUAAUUAUUUUAUACUA